CUUGAGAACAAUGCCAGGACAUCAACACAGAAAUACUACAAACAAGGGACUCAUCUGCUUUGAGUAGCGGCCAUCAAUUGUCUUCUUCAUUUAAAAUACUGCCACAGUCUUUGUAAAGAUUCGCCAUCCGCCAGCACAAGUGGGCGGUAGACGACAUGUCAUCAAGAGAAAAGUGCAGUGACCAACCACGGAUCACACCCAGUCUCAGCCACCGAGCUUUGUCUGCAUCGGAUGUCGACGUACCUACCCUCAAGCUACGGAAACAGGAAUAUCAAAACCGCAUUUUCAAUCAAAACUACAGGCGGUAUGGAGAAGCGGAGCUUGGAGAGCCGCGCAGCGCUGGAAGUGGGAAGAGCACUCCAGCAUUAUACAGAUGGUCGAACUUGAUGUUGAUCUGCUCGCUCAUUUUCGGGGGCUGCUGUGCUAAUGUCUUUGCGCUAGAGGCCAUUAUCAAAGAACAGCCUAAGUCCGGUCCUCUUAUCACAAUCGCCCAAUUUCUCCUAACUGCAGCCAUUACCAUCACGGAUUUCAUUUCUCCGUGCACCGGUCUUCGCUCCUUGUACCUCAGACCGCGGGCCAUUCCUUUGAGAUCGUGGCUCGUCUAUACAGCAUUCUUUAUUAGCGUCAACCUUCUGAACAAUUGGGCUUUCGCUUACCAGAUAUCUGUUCCUCUGCAUAUUAUCCUUAGAUCUGGAGGGCCUGUAGCGUCCAUGGUCAUAGGUUAUUUGUUCAAUGCUAAGCGGUAUUCCCCGGGUCAAAUACUCUCUGUGCUCAUGCUCACCGUGGGCGUCGUUGCCGCCGCACUGGCGGAUGCUAGGUUCAAAGGUCAAUCAGUACAUGUUGAGGGAAUUCCAGCUACGACGACAAUCACCGGUUUCGCAAUUCUAGCUGUUGCGAUGGUCUUGUCUGCCUUCCAGGGCAUCUACGCUGAUCGGCUUUACGAGACAUACGGCCGGGAUCACUGGAAGGAGGCUCUCUUCUAUUCUCACAUACUCUCACUACCUCUUUUCCUCCCAACUUAUCCACACGUGGCCACUGAAUGGCGAGCAUUAUUCUCUUCGCAUACGGCAGACAGACCGGUCAUAUCUGUGGAUUCUGAAACAUCGAAGCAAUACUGCAACCUACCAUGCCUGGCAUCGAUUGCAAGCAAAAUCACUGAACUAUUAUCAUUCCACCUGGAGUACAGACCUUGGCGAUUGAUUUUGUCAGCAACGCCCAAACGCUUAAUCUACCUUGCCGUGAAUGCAUUGACUCAGUACUUAUGCAUUCGUGGGGUACAUCUUUUGUCUGCAAAAACAUCUUCGCUAACUGUGACUAUCGUGCUGAACGUUCGGAAACUCGUCUCACUCUUGUUGUCUAUAUACAUAUUUGGGAACUCUCUCACACCAGGUGUGUUCGUUGGUGCACUCUUGGUAUUUUUGGGAGGUGCUUUUUAUGGCUAUGAGGGGACACGUGCCAAGAAAACACACUCGGACAAAAGAUAAACAUGGAAGUUAACUGUGGGCUAUAUCUGUAUCAGGGUCUGGUUAGCCGACUUACUGUUCCCUUGCAGUAUGCAGAUUCACUUCUGAACCUAGGAAUUUAGUGUAAGUCAAUAGCACGAUCUAGGGAGGAAAUAAAACAUGAUAGUCACAAGAAGUC